AUGGAAAACAUUAUUCCCAUCGACGCCCUCACCCUGGAUCGGCGUCCGGAUGUCGUCAGAUUCUGGCCCCGCGACAACCAGUAUGCAGUGGUCGGCACAUACACGCUCCUGGAGGACGAACCCUCUGAAGGAGAAGAAUCGGCCAGUCAACAAAGAAUCGGGAGUCUGAAUCUGAUACGAAUUGAUAACCACGAAAUCAAUGUUAUCGAAACACUGCCCACACCUUUCGGAGUCUACGACCUCCAAUUUGCGCCUGCUAUUGAUAUUCAGAAUGGCAACGCGGACGCGGGAUCUUUCGCUGUGGCCUCAUCCACCGGCUCAGUUGCCCUUUACCGACUGCUUGCCAGUGAUAUAGCUGAUUCUAUCUUUCCCAACCCAACGAUCGUUCAUCUGUACACGAUCCAGUACUUUCCCAAGGAUAUACUGAUCACGUCAUUGGAUUGGCGCCGUCAUGACCUCGCUGCAAUGACACUAUCGAGCGGCCAGGUAUGCCUAGGAAGAUUAAGCGAUCCGAGCGUUGAUGCUGUCCUCUCUGUCGAGCUCAUGCAACAUGACUUCCAAGCCUGGCAUUGUUCUUUCGUGGUAACAAAGGAGGGAUCAGAGACACCCUUUGGGCUAAUCAGUGGAGGAGAUGAUGCUACACUACGAUAUACUCCUAUCGGCGCGGAUCAGAUUUCGGAGCUGGAGCUUGGGGGAAAUUUAACGGUCUCGCCAACUCAGACCAUGCCAUGGGCGGACAAAAAGAUCCAUCAGGCUGGAGUCACUGCCGUCAUGCCGAUUGGUAGGUCUUCUACCGGCUUUCUAGUGAUCACGGGAAGCUACGACGACCAUAUCCGACUUUUACAUAUCCCAGACACUGGUCGUCGAGAGGUGCUCGCAGAAGCAUACCUUGAGGGAGGCGUGUUCCGGAUCAAACUUGUGCAAAAGCGCGGUGAAGGCAAAACUGGCUCAGGAGGGACAGAGCAAAGUCAUGCUCUCCUCGUGAGUUGCAUGCAGGCAGGCGCUCGCAUAGUAAAUCUUCACAAGACCGAAGGGCAAUGGCGUUUCGACGUCAAUGCAAAGUUCGACAAGAACGCAGGUACCCUGCUGUACGCGAGCGACUGCCGGUCCACGGGUUCGGAUUAUGAACGGACCAUUGUCUCUACGAGCUUCGAGGAUCGCAAAUUAUAUCUUUGGAAGGCUACUGUGUCCUCUUGA